AUGUUGGAGAUGAAAUCCUUGUACCAGAGACCACCAAAGACUCCAUCUACAUCACCAGGACCACCAAAGACUCCAUCUACAUCACCAGAGACCACCAAAGGCUCCAUCUACAUCACAGAGACCAACAAGGCUUCCACUCUACAUCACCAGAGACCACCAAAGACUCCAUCUACAUCACCAGAGACCACCAAAGGCUCCAUCUACAUCACCAGAGACCACCAAAGGCUCCAUCUACAUCACCAGAAGAGACACCAAAACCCAUCUACAUCACCAGAGACCACCAAAGACUCCAUCUACAUCACCAGACCACCAAAGACUCCAUCUACAUCACCAGAGACCACCAGUCCAUCUACAUCACCAGAGACCACCAAAGACUCCAUCUACAUCACCAGAGAACCACCAAAGACUCCAUCUACAUCACCAGAGACCACCAAAGACUCCAUCUGCAUCAAGGAUCAAGGUCUAUCACUUUGGGUUUCUUCAGUGGAGGAGUUUGAGUCUUGGUUCCGUUACCAACAAUAA